GUUCAAAAAAUCACCUGCAAAAAAUAUUGGCCGCGAAAACAAACCUAAGAAAAUACCUAAUUCACCUUUCCCCUUUUCCCUUCCAAUAAAAUAUCCAAGUCGAUACUCGAGUACCGUGUCGGAUCUGAUCACGACACCGCCUUUUACAUUUACUAAGCGGCUAAAGGAUCAAUACUAUAUUGCCUAGGUUUCCCAUCUCUCAAUCCUACCGCGAUCCAGAAUUCAUAUUUUCGUCUACCGUCAUCCUCUUGACUUUGAAGGCGGGGCAGUUUUUCUCACCCAGCAACCCCACACGGGCCGACCAACACCUCUUCUAUACGCAUACGUUGACCUAAAACGCAAUAUACGACACCAAUAUGGCGCCGUCAUUUGAUCAUCUGCGCGAUGCAGACGUCGACGAGGAUGACUACGACGAGGAUGAGAUCGACAUCUCGGACCUGCGUGAAAAGUAUGAGGUCCAACUAGAGCAAGGCUACGAGACCUUCAUUGUUAUCGAUGGUCUGCCGGAGGUCACCGAAGAGCAAAAGCCCAAGCUGGUAAAAUUCCUACUGAAGAAGCUGAAUCAGGUUGGAAAGACGAAAGAGGAACAGGUCUACAUGCCGAUGGAGGACGGCAAGUCUCUCAGAUUUGCCUUUGUCGAAUAUGCUUCCGCUGCCGAAGCCGCAGCCGCCGUGAGGCAGCUCGACGAGGUUCCCCUCGACAAGAAGCACACCCUGAGAGUCAACAAGAUGUCUGACAUCGAUCGGUAUGGCCGCGAGGGACGAGUCGAUGAGAAUUACGUACCUCCUAAGAUCGAAGAGUUCACCGAGAAGGAGCACUUGCGAUCAUUCUUAGCCGACCCGAGCGGUCGCGGUCGCGAUCAGUUUGCCAUGUACCGAGGUGAUGUUGUCGGUAUAUUUUGGAAUAACGAGAAGGAGGCCCCCGAGAACAUUGUCGACAGGCAGCACUGGACGGAGAGCUUCGUGCAGUGGUCGCCCCUGGGAACAUUCCUGGUAUCUGUUCACCAACAGGGUGUACAACUGUGGGGUGGCGCUUCGUGGUCCCGGCAAAAGCGGUUUGCGCAUCCCUUCGUCAACAUGCUCGAUUUCUCCCCGAACGAGAAAUAUAUUGUCACAUGGUCGAAUAGACCUAUUUCGAUACCUGAUGAAGGUCAUCCCCAGCUAUCAUUGGACGAGGACGGCAAAAAUUAUGUCAUCUGGGAUGUCGAAACUUCUAAACCUCUUCGCUCGUUUGCUAAUCUCGACAUACCUACCACCAAUGAUCCUACGUCGGCAAAGCCACAGCCUAAAUUCCCCUGGCCAGCUUUCAAGUGGUCCGCUGACGACAAAUACGUGGCACGAAUGACCCAAGGCUCUUCGAUCUCGAUGUACGAGCUGCCUCGCAUGAAUUUGUUGGACAAGACGACGAUCAAGAUUGAAGGUGUUAUGGAUUUUGAAUGGGCCCCUGCCACACCCCAGAGAGAGGGUGUGAAGCAGUAUGAACAGCUGUUUUGCUUUUGGACGCCAGAGAUUGGUAGCAACCCUGCCAAGGUCGGACUGAUGAGCGUACCUUCAAAACAGAUCGUUCGAUCACUGAAUCUUUUCAGCGUUACGGAUGCUAAGCUCCAUUGGCAGUCGGAUGCUACCUAUCUCUCAGUGAAGGUUGACCGACAUUCGAAAUCUAAGAAGUCACAGGCCACUACUCUGGAGAUAUUCCGUGUCAGAGAAAAGGGUGUGCCGGUCGAAGUUGUCGACACAAUCAAGGACACGGUCAUUAACUUCGCCUGGGAGCCCAAGGGAGACCGCUUUGUCAUCAUCACGACGCCGGAGCCGGUUGGGCCAACCGCCGUAGCUCCUAAAACUUCAGUGGCAUUCUUCUGUCCCGAGAAGGCCAAGGGGUCGGCCAUAGGCAACUUUAAGCAUCUGCGGACUCUUGAGAAAAAGAAUAGCAAUGCAAUUUAUUGGUCUCCUAAGGGCCGCUUUGUAGUUGUCGCCACAGUUGCCAACCAGCAGAGUUCAGAUCUUGAAUUUUUCGACCUGGACUUUGAAGGCGAGAAGCCGGAAAGUGAUAAAGACCUUACCGCCAACCUACAGCUCAUGAACAUGGCAGACCACUACGGUGUCACCGACAUCCAAUGGGACCCCUCAGGACGCUUUGUCGCUACUUGGGCAUCUGUUUGGAAGCAUACGAUGGAGAACGGAUAUCAUCUCUACGAUUUUAAGGGCGAGCUACUACGGGAAGAACCUGUUGACAAGUUUCGCCAAUGGUUAUGGCGUCCCAGGCCGCCGACUCUGCUUAGCAAGGACGAGCAGAAGCAGAUCCGCAAGAAUCUCCGGGAAUACUCCAAGAUCUUCGAGCAGGAAGAUGCCGAACGUGGAGCGUCUGCUGACUUAGCGGUGGUGGAAGCCAGAAGACGCCUGCUUGACGAAUGGCUUGGAUGGCGUGCGUCGGUUGACGCCGAGAUUGAAGAGGAGAGGGUUGCGCGAGGAUUGCCGAAGCACCUGGUGGAGGCUGAAGCCAAAUCAGCAGAGAGCGGAGAGGAGCAGGUGAUCGAGGAGAUCGUGGAAGAGGUACUUGAAGAGAGCGAGGAGAUUGUCCCCUAAAUGGACUUGGGCCGUGACGUGUGAUAAAAAAGGACUGGCAAUCAGCGGCGUUCUGUGUAAGGGCAUAUAAUGAAACCUGCAGCUAGCAUAAAUACAGCGUCUAUGAUGACUGAUACAUCUAGAAGGGCUUGAUAAGUCUUAUUUUUGACCAUCAUAUGCCAUUGAUAUUUGUGAGGAUGCAGGGUACUUCCUAGUGUAUUUUGUAUGUAUCUAACUUGGGCUGUAAUGUAUGCAUUAACUGUUCUCUAACGCG